UACGGCAAUCUAAAAAUAGACACUGAUUUACUACAGUACGACAGUCUACUACACACAUGUAGGUAAUUAUCUAUGGAAAGAAAUACUGCAAUACUAUCGGAAAUAUGUAAAUAUACACUUAACACGUGGGUAUAGAAACAUUGUUACAGAACUUGACAAAGUUUUAGAAACUUUUUAUAGCGUUUGGAAACUUCUAGGUUUUUGUGUAAAGUGACAUGUGACCUAUAUUUCAAGUUGAUGGACGGGUUUUAAAAUCGCGACAGGAUGUGUGUGUUUACGAAUGGGAUUUAAUUAAUGCAAUAUACGACAUAUUGAAGGACAGAUUUAAUCUUACAAAUCUGACGUUACAACACUGCAAUUAAUGCGAAAUAAAUGCUUUUAACAUUUAGAUGGAUUAAACGAGAGAUAUUAACACAUACAAGGUGGACAGAUUAUUAAAGGCAUGUUGUAAUUAAUGAGUUAUUUAGCACACUGGUGUAGAGAUUACUCAUUAAAUACUAAAAAGCAUGGAAUCUCAAAUUCUUUAUGAAUCUCUUACAAAACCGAAAGCUGACCUUGACAGAAACAUGAACAAUACAGCAGGAAAUUGCAACUUAACUUCUAAACCCGAAAUCCCACAGGUGGAAAAUAAAGUGUCUUCUGAAGGUGUAGACAGGACGCGGAAUAUGGUUCAGACUUGUGUGCAGCCGACACACAUUGACGGGGUAAGAGAAGGUCAAGUUAAAUCAAAGCUGCAAGAACAACUAGAAUCACCUCUGGUGCUUCCCAUAGCAAAGCGAGACGUCUCCGAUAUUAGUGAUAAACACUUUUCACCUCGUUUUGAUUCUGAAUCUAUGAAAAAGACUGAACCAGCGGAGUAUAAUAAUAUCAAUAAUGGGACUGUUUCAGCCCAGCCAGCUCUACAAGUUCAAAGUUCAAAUCUUGUCGUUUCUACGACUGAGGUAAAAUCUGAAACUUCAAGUCUAGCGUCUCCAGGAAUUUCAUCAAACAGAAGUUCCACAGCUUCUCCUCUACCGUCACCCGGAAGUAGCAUCGCUUCUCAAGAAAUCACUUCGUCAAAAUCAUUAUCAAAUAGUUUUAAAAUGAGAGAAAAACGUCGGAGAAGAGGCUCAGCUUGGACGGACGACGAAACUGAAUAUUUGAUGGAAGUUUGGGCUAAACAGACCGAAAUAAUUAAACAAAAAGGUGGGGAUGAGUCGGUCACGUGCGCUCCAGUUUAUAGGCUGAUUUCUCGGUCAAUGGCAGAACAAGGGUGGGAAAAAACUUGGGAACAGUGUAAAACCAGAAUACACACAUUAAAGAGGGCUUAUAAGAUAACAAAAGAUGAGAUUAGUGAAGGCUGCCAGACAAUAACGUAUUGCAGGCACUUUGAUAAGCUUGAGAUUAUCAGUGGUGAUAAUGCACAAAUCACCCCAGGGAUGCUGGCAGCUGAUCUGGAACAGAAACGGAAACAGCGUGGAGCACAGUUCAAAGGCAAGAAACAGCCAGUAAGACGGAAACUUACUGUUGGUGAAAAUCCGAAUUUAGUGAAAAAAGCGAACAUUGUUAACAGCGUAUCUAACGUUGUUGGCUUUUCCCAAUUUCAAGGUCAGAAUUCAUUAUCGUCCGUUGUUAGCGCUCAAAGUACACCAAAAACAAAUAACAUAUGGUAUCCACCAUUGCCACCGCAGCAACAACAGUUCCAGCUUCAGCAGCAAGCACAGCCACAACAGUCUGUUAGUUUAAACCAAGGUAACCAGUUUGCUCAGCAGCCUUUGCAAAUUUCUGUUUUGCCAACAGUACCGAACUAUCCGUUCCAUGUGACGCCAACUUCCGGUAAUAAUGAUGUCCAACUUCCGCCGUACAACGGUGUUAGUGAAGUAAAUAACAAUGAAAUAAAUGUGAAAAGUGAGAAAGCGGAUGUUGUUGAUAACGGAGACAACGUAAUUAAACAGUACGAGCAACAGAGUGGGCAGUGGACUGUUCCCUUUUCUCAACAACCAGCAGUGCAGACUGCAUCAGCGUCUCAGCAGCCAAGUGCAUCGCAGCAGUCAAGUGCGGGGAAUGAUUUAGAGAGAAUGAGACUUAAUUUGGAAAUGAGAAAACUUGAGGUUGAGCGCAACAAAAUUGAGAUGGAAGAACGUCAGCGUCGAGAGGACAGAGAUCACCAGUACCGAAUGAUGCAAUUGCUGCUGUUUGGCCUUGGUCAGCAAAACAUAUCCCAGCUACUCUCUGGCCAAGGACCGGAUGUUACUCAUGCGCAUGGCACGGAUUUGUCUCGUGCUCUUGAAAGUGGUCUUGUUCCUGGUGGGUCACAGAAGGCGAAUGAAAAGGGACUUUCAUUUAGCGAACUUUGAGGUGUCUAAAUUACCCACGUUGUUCAUUUUCACCUAACAGACUCUUCUCAAUAGCCUUGCGGAUAGUCACUGGAAUUUAGAAUUGGUCUGAAAGGUACAUAAAGAUAAAUACACUGUUCGCGUGACUACAAUGUUAUAUAAUAGCUCUUCCAUACAAUUGAAAUAUAGCAUUAAUUCAUAAGAAUGUGCUUUUUAAUAUAUUGAAAUUUUCGGAUACAGUUUCAAGACUUAAAUUGCUAUAUCAUGAUUUUUCAAUCAACGAAUGCUAAAACAAAACGUUUUAUUUCCUUCGUAAAAUAGUGUUCACUUUUUUUAAGUUUGAUUGAUUGAAAUGUUCAAAAAUGACCGAAAAAUUUACUUUUUUAUUUAACAUGGCGGCACAGAAAAUGCUCAUAUAAGUGCCGUAUUGAUAUCAAAUGGAUUUUAAGCAAAGACUUGAUUUUAGAAUUCACAUUUUGUAAUUCAGUUACAUGUAUAUAAAACUUAUUUUUGUCAGUUCGUUGAGUCAGUGUUAAUGUUUGUUUUUGGUAGAAAUGUAUCAUACAUUUAAGAGACAAAUGCUCAGUGUACAUAUAAAAUAUCUGUUUAUUUGUUUAAAAAAUCAGAUAGUUUAUGUCGUUUUAGAUGAUAUUUUUUGUUAUUAAUCGUCUUGUACAUGUGUUUUACGAAACCGCUUACAUCUAUUUUGUAUUUUGAUAUACGGUGAAAGGACUCGAAUAUUGCAUAAUCUCAUUGUUAACGGAAUGUAUACACAUGUAUUUGUUUAGAUCUGUCAUAUUGAUAUUAUAUUUUAUAUUGAAGAUGUAAUUUGAGGAGGAAAAGGUAUCAAUUCCUAUUUUACUGAAACUGAAGUUGUGAUAUACAUGUUACUCUUGGAAUAAAUAAAUCAUCGCUUGUUUUUAAGACAACCAGAAAUUGUCCUUUGCGUCGAAGCAGAGAACAGAUGUAAAAAGUAGUUUCCAAAAUUGCAACCUCUUGUUUUGGAGGAGAAUCUCGUUUGGAGGAUUUGUGGAGAGGUUUUAAGGGGAAAAAUGCAAAGUUUUUAGUUUAUUUUCUUUGUUAUUGAUGUUUGUUAUGUUUUUAUUACUUUUGUUAUGUUGUUUUCAUAUGAUGGCCUUAUUAAGAGAGUUGAGAAUUGUAAGUUAAAACAAUAUUUUUUUUAUUACAGAAGCUGCUGUAUAUUGUUACAAAUAACAUAAAAAUAUUUCUU